AUUUAAUUUUCAGUAAAUAACUCUCGUUUCCUUCUCCUAAGGUCUCUGACACUGUUGUUGAGCCAUAUAAUGCAACGCUCUCUGUGCAUCAGCUCGUUGAAAACGCUGACGAGUGUAUGGUUCUCGACAAUGAGGCUCUCUACGACUUCUGCUUCCAUACCCUCAAGCUUUCUAACCCCUCCUUUGGUGAUCUGAACCAUCUCAUCUCGGCUACAAUGAGUAGUGUUACAUGCUGUCUUUGUUUCCCUGGUCAACUCAACUCCGACCUUAGGAAGCUCGCUGUGAACCUGAUCCCUUUCCCAAGGCUCCACUUCUUCAUGGUGGGUUUUGUUCUGUUGACAUCGAGAGGAUCACAGCAAUACAGUGCCUUCAGUGUCCCUGAGCUGACCCAGCAGAUGUGGGAUGCGAAGAACAUGAUGUGCGCUGCUGACCCUCGUCACGGACGUUACUUAACUGCAUCCACUGUGUUCCGUGGAAAGCUGAGCACUAAGGAGGUUGAUGAGCAGAUGAUGAACAUCCAGAACAAGAACUCAUCCUACUUUGUGGAAUGGAUCCCGAACAACGUCAAGUCCAGCGUCUGUGACAUUGCAACAUUAACUCUUAUAAUAUUUUUAUAAACUCUUAUAUACAGAUUUAUAAGCCUCUAUAAAAUUUAAUAAGACUUCAUAAAAGAAUUACCUUUUGAAAUUCUACAAAUCCUCAUAAAUGAUUUUAUAAACCCUUAUAAAUAAUUUUAAACAUUCUUAUAAAUGAUUUAUAGACCCUUAUAAAAAGUUUCUAUAUAUUCAUAUAAAUGAUUUUUAAGACUUUAUAAAUGAAAUUACCUUUCUAAAUAUUUAUAAAUGAUUUUAUAAAACCUUAUAAAUAUUUGGUAUAUUCUUAUAAGUGAUUUUAUAAAGGUUUAUAAAUCAUUUAUAGGAAUAUAUAUAAACUAUUGAUAAAUGUUUAUAAAUGAUUUCUAAAUUUUCAUAAAUGAUUUAUAAACAUUUAUAAAUUAUUUAUUAUCUUUGUAAAGCCUUAUAAGGAUUUUAUUAUGAUGAUAUAAUUUGAUAUGGUUUCUCUGCCUCUUCUUUAUAAAACAAUUAUAUCAUUUCUCAGAUUUUCUUAGCAAACAGAGGUACAUCAUUAACAUCAUCCACAAUCAACUAAAGGAUAUAUAUAUAGACUCGGUAAGGUUCAAUCAUGAUUAAUGAGCAAAUCUACACUCAAGAACGAUUCAACAUCCAGAAAUAUUCUAUAAUUCACCACAAAACAGCCAUGAAGAUCGUCUGAUCCACAUCUAAAGCCGCCUCCGGAGACUUCUCCAACACUCCCCAUUCUUCUUGGAGACACUCGCUCUUAUUCUUAGCUAAGAACGCAACGAUAUACAGCAAACUCAAUAUCCCCAUGAACCUCUGCUGCCUCAUCUCGCUGUUUUCCACCACAUGAGAAAUAUAUAUAAACUAUUGAUAAAGGUUUAUAAAUGAUUUCUAAAUCUUCAUAAAUUAUUCAUAAACAUUUAUUAAUUAUUUAUAAUCCUUAUAAAGCCUUAUAAACUGAUUUUAUAAACUCUUAUAAAUGAUUAUACUUUAAUAAUAUAUUUGAAAAACUUUAUAGACUGAUUUUAUAAAGUCUUAUUAAUUGUUUUAUAAACCAUUAUAAAUAAUCUUUUAUUUAUUAUAAUAAUUUACAAACAUUUAUAUUAGAAUUAUAGACACUUGCUUUAUGAAUAUUUUACUACUAAAUGUUUGUAAAGAUUUAUAAACUCUUGAAAAAGAUUUAUUAACUCUUAUAAAUUGUGGUAUGAAGAUUAUUAAACUCUUAUAAAAUUUUUAUAAACCCUUAUAUACAGAUUCAUAAACUUUUAUAAAUAUAUUUAUAAAACCUUAUAAAUGAUUUAUAAGUUCUUAUAAAUAGUUUUAUAAACCCUUAUAAGAGGUUUCUAACAUGCAAGAUAAUAUAGAUUAGCUAGAGCCCAAGCUGCAGCAAGACUACCUUCCUUUCCCUUGUAUCAGAACUUUGCAAUUGAUCAACCUUCUCAGUGGGAAGAUAAGGGCCAGUUUCAUCCAUCCUAGGACCAACAGAGCCUCUCUCACGUUUGUCUAACAGAUGCUGGAGAAGGAGGAACAUGCGAGUGGUUCCUGUUUGCGUUUCGAGGAGCUUUGUUUUCCUUCAUUGUUCCAUUUGCAAAUGAACAUCCCGCAUAGAACUUAUCCGAAAGACCAUCUUCUGGAUCUUUAGCUUCCACUUCUGCUAACAUCUCAACGGCUCUGUCGUAAGACUUCGUGAACGGUUCAUCUACGAACUCAAUCUCUGCAGAAGAAUCUCUCACAGCAUCAAUCAGAGAUUUAGCUACUGGGAUUCGACCCAUACGCAUCAAGCAGAUGGCCAUGUUGCACUGUUUGUUUUUGUCUGGCUCCAAACACAAAGCUCUCCUAUUCAUAGAUACAUAAGUGCAUAUAAGGAAAAGACUCGCAAGGGCAAACACAAACUAACAAGACCCAAACCUUGUAAAGCAUUGAGUUGUACUACCAACAAUAUCUUAAAACCCAGAUUUAUAAGAGGUUAUAAUUUUUUAAAAUAUAAUGUUCACUAUCCGAAAAUAUUUCCUAACCAGAACUAUUCAAAUGACAAGUCUAAAUCAACCUUAUUUGUUUUUUGAAUAACAGAGGAACGAAAAUCCUAAAAUUACUUGAACCCAGAUUUAUAAAGGUUUAUAAUUUUUUGAAAACUCAAUGUUCACUAUCGAAACUCUUUCUCUUAGAUCGACCUGUUGUAAACCAACCUUCGUUGAUUUUUUUUUUUAAACAGAAAGAACAAAUCCAAAAUAUUACUUGAAUCGAACAAAAAAAAUACACAAAUUAGAAACAUACCAGUGUGAAUCGUGGAGAGGAGCCAACAUUUUUGAGGUUUUGAAUCGUGAUUCUCGUAAUUGCUUAUCGCUAGAUGCGUGAGAGAGAGUGACGAUGGAACUCAACGGAGACGACGAUGGAUCUCGUCGGAGAUGACGACAGAUCUCAACGGAGAGAGAAGAACGAUCUCCACAGGGAGAGAGACGAUGGAUCUCGGAAAGAGAGACGGCGGAUCUGACGGAGAGAGACGGUGGAUCCGACGGAGAGAGAGACGGUGGAUCCGAAAGGAAAGAGAAGAAGGAUCACGACGGUGGAGAAGAAAGAGACGAUAGAUUGAAGUAAAGAUAAGGUUAGUUUAGUCUUUUACCAAUUAAUGAAUGUGCUAUUUAUGAAAAUGUCCUUUGAGUGGUGGUAUAAGUGAAAAGUGGUAUCAUGUAAAGUGUAUAAGUAAAAUUUCCCAGAGAAAUUACCAAAAAUACCAUGUUUAUAAUAUACUACUUUUCAUAUUUACACUAGAGUUAAUUUAUCUAGACAUAAGGUUUAGAGUUGGGAGGUGGAGUAGAGUUUUUGAAAUGUGAAAUUUAGGAUUCAAAUAAAUAUAUAAAUAAAAUACUUAAAAAAUAUUUUUUUUUAAAUAGUUCCAAAAAGAAUUUUUGAUUUUCAAAAAUAAAUUUAAAAAAAAAAAGAAUUCAAAAAAAAUU